AUGAAGAUUCUGAACCAGAUGCAUCUGAUGCCUCCAGUGAAAGAAGACGUAGGCUUGCCGGAAUCAAGAAGAGAUUUGCGAAACGGUAUAGCUUUCCUGUUCAGAUGCACGCAGAAGCUGCAGUCGUGCUUUAAGUAUGCCGAGAGCAGCUUUGAAAUCCGUGACACUGAAGGUGGGUCCAUAGAAACCAAAUUUUCCCUUAUGUUUCUGCUUGGUUCCCUGCGCGUGGACUUGGCUCAGAGCUUCGUUUGUGUGCUGGUGCAUACCGCCGGCGUGCAUCCAACUAGGCACCAAGUAGAGGAGUCGAACAUCUCCAAAUGGCGGAUUCACGCGGCCGUGCGAGUCGAAAUGACUCGAGAAUAA